CUUCCGAAUCGAAGAGCCCUGUCUCCACAGGAGAGGGAGAAAACCCUAGACUUGGCGGAGCGGAGAACCCGCCGUCGCCGGCUCUCGAUUCUCCUGCGGCGGCGCGCGGAGCAAAUCCUUCCCCGGCAGGUUCGCAGGUCAAUUUCACAUCCGCAAUGUCAGAUCCUGGCAGGGAAAGCAACAUGCAACAGCUCGUCCCGAUAGUACCCCUGCCAAAGGCUCCUUCUGGUGCCACUGGCAAGGAGCUGGUGGUGGCGGAUGGUACGCGGAAGACUUCAGGAGGAGUCAAGCUACGAGAAGAUGAGGAAGACCUGGAGGUGAAGCUAAGGCGCAUCAUGGAGAACGUCCCUGUCCGUGUCAGCAACACCUCUGGAUCCUCUGCUGGUUCUGGCUCUGGUGAUUUCCACCAGUAUCGACAAAUGAGGAGGAGGGAACAGGACCGUCUUGCAAGGAUGGAUUCUGAUUACCAGAAGAGGAAAGAGAUAGCUGAGUUUGAAUUGCGGAGGGAGGAAAGGCUAAAAGAAGCAGAGGAGCGGACAGCAAAGAAGCGCCUGAAACGCCAAAAAAAGAAGCAGCGGAAGAAAGACAAACGAGUUAAAACGAGUAAUGGUGGCGAAGCACCUAACUCCUCUGGUGGUGAUGAGGAUUCAGAUGACGAAGAUAAAGCCAUAGGCAAAUAGCACAUCUAUUACUUCUGAAGCUGCUAUUAGAUUACUGGUCCGCAUUUGUUGGAGAUUACUUCUGAAGUAGAGGCAUGAACUAACAUUGGCAGGCCACAGGCGCCCUUGUAAAACACUCUUGUUUUUUUUUCCUUUUUGACCUUAAAGACUUCUGAAGAUGAGAUAGCUUGUUUUCCUUGCUCUGAGAACUUUUGACUAUGUAUGCAUGUUAUCAUUUCUGGUCAGCGUGUUAUUGCCAUGUCUUGUGCUUGUU